UUCGGAUGAAUUCCUGCUUGUGCCAUUGCCACGAGAGCUGCUGACCUUAGAUGGAAGGGCACCUUUAGUCUGGCAAACAGAGGUGCUUGUAAAAUCCUUGUUACCUACCAGGGUGUAUCUGCAUCCUGCUGGCGUUGCCUGGAGCAGCCUUCACGACCUU